AGACAGAAGCUUAAUAAGCAGACAUACACAGCAGUGGCAACAUUUUAUUGAUGGUGACCAUACUCCGCAGAGUUACUAUGUCAUUGUCUCUGUGGCUGGUAUUGGCCUUAUGCAGUGCCAAUGCUGAAGUAUCCAGUCACAGUGAAAAUUACCCUCCAAUGUGGGAACUUGCUCCUGAAAACCUGACUGAUUUCAGCAUUCAGAAUGAGACAGUCAUUAUCAACCCUUGGGAUUACCUAGAGCGGAUGGGAAUGUAUAAAAUUUUACUAAAUGUCACCGCACCAUUUUUGGAUAUGAAAGAACCAGAUAAUAAAAGAAAUAUACUUUGGGGAUUGCCUCUGCAACAUGGAUGGCAGUUCCAUACAGGUCGACUACAAGAUCCAUCUAUACAGGCUUCACGUGGUCAGAACAGUGAAGACCAAACAAGCAUCUCAACAAAAAGUUGGUGGGCUUGUAUGAAUUACUACUUGGCUGUUAUCCCAUUUCUUGGAGCUGUUGAUGCUGGGUUAUUUGAAGGAUUUCCUUUUGGCAUAGUCAUAACUCGCCCAGAUGAAUCUACUGACUUUUGCUACAGCAUUGAAGACUGUCGCACAUCUUCUAAAGCAUUGGAUGAAUGGAGAGCCUUUUUUGAGUCAAUCAAGACAUCAAAUGAAAUAUCUAACAUGUCUGUCCCACCAUUAUCCAAAGAAGAAGAAAGAGUCUUAUCCUAUAUGUGGAGGGCUCAUGUUGAGUCUAUUAACGCUGCACUUCCACGCUGCUCAGAAAGGUUACGCUACCUCUCAGGUCCUGAAGGAAGAUUCGGAAAAGAAUGGGCAAUGACUGUUGAAUUUUUAGCAGCUGCUAACUUCCCCACUGAUUUUCAGAGCACAAAUGCUUUUCAGACAUUUCUACCAAACAGGAUGCUGGUAGAGAAUGAUAAGCCUCCCAACAUCCCUGACUUCUCAGAAGAAGAAAAUCGGGUUCUGUCUAUAUUAAAUUUGAUUUAUCAAGCUAACACAUUUACAGGUGGUUUUCUGUUGAGACUCUGGAAAAAAGCCAUGUGUUCUGAACAAGGAAGAGCUGCUGGACGAAAUCUCCUUCAAAAUAUGAUCACUGACCCGCACAUGGCACCACAAACAAUUAUUAAGAUCAUUACAGAAUUGGCUAAAAAUUCAUCAUGUGAGGUGCAGAAAAACGGGCAGAGUUAGAGGAUAUAUUUAGUAGACUUGUACUGUUAAGAGUGACACUCUUAAUAAGGCAAUGUUGUCAAAACCAAUUUUCAAAUGAGUUACUCUUGCUUAGCUCAUACCAUCCUCUUUAAGACAUAUCUAGCUGAGAAUACAAAUGAGAACUCUAUUAAUUAGUUUUCUAAGUCAUUAGAAGAUUGAUGUAAGGCCAAGUGAUAACUGGACUCAAUCUGCACUCUUUUCCCUUUGCUUGAGCAAAUGAUCAAACUGUAAUAGGACAAGUGCUUUGGCUUAAUGGCUGGGUAUUAUUUUGCUUUGAAUGAACUGAUUUGAACAAAAAUAGCAUAUAGCAUUGUGAUUUAGCCCACCUCAAUGAACAGUAGUGACGAUACCACGGCCAAUACCAAGGGAUGGUACAAGCUUAAAAACAAUAAUUGUUUUCUGUUUCCUCCAUUGCAUUUGAAUCAGGUACUAGACUUAAGAGCAUUAACUAACGCCACAAGUACAUUGCUAGGCGAAUAAUUAAAAUCUUUACAACGCUGCCUAUUUUUUUACCAUAACAGGUCAAUUUCAUGCUCGGUGAGUGCACUCACUACAAUCAAUUUUGCAAGUCUAUAAUUAUAUUUUUAGAUUGGAAAAAAUAAAACAUUUUCCAGGACAAGGGAAAAAAACACUAAAAGAAAUGAAUGUUUUUUUUUUCUUAUUAAAUCUGCUUAAAUAUUUUUAUAACCUUUAAUAUAUCCAAAUCCAGCUUUCAAUUACAUUGUGUCACUUAAUGGACACACUUCUAAUAUGGUGUUAUUAUUUAACAAUUUUCAAAGGAAAUAAAAUAAUGAGGUCUAACGAAGUGUGUUUUUUUUUAAUUUUAAUUACUUGGUUCAUAGAUCAGAGUAAUUAUAUUUUAACAGAUAUCAUGUAUUAUGAUCUUAAAGUAAUUACUGCAGCUGCCAGCUGUUGAAUAAUUAAGUUAAUUCACCAUAGAAAUAUUUUGCCAUAAGCAAUGUUUGUGUCAUUAACAACAUAUAUACGGGCGGUUUAGAAGGGCAGUGUGGUGUAACAGAGAUGAGCACAUCUGCAGAGGAUUGUAAUGGCUAUAUGGCAAAGGGAUGGGCGGGUAAUUUGGUCACAGCUGGAUCAUUACUUAGUUAUUAAAAAGAAAAAAAAAUGAUACCGUUUUUAAAAUGUAGUGAAAGGUGAACAGACUUUAUGAAUAUGUAUCCAGGUAAUUAACGAGGACCCGUCCCCUCUCCUGUCAUGUCUAUUUUAGUAAAUACUUGUGUCCCACAUAAAAUAAUAAUUUUGGAGCAUUUUUCUAAUAAAUCUAUGUUGUGCUGUUCUUCUGUUGUUCC